AUGCAGUUCUCUUACCGCCUCGAUAGCACCUCGCUCUUCUACUCUACGUAUACCGACACUACCAUCAGAUCUCGGCCCGGUAGCCGAAGGAUUACCGCCGUCAAAUCCGCUGACUGCGUUACCGCUUGCUCCGCCUCGAGGUCACUCCGCACCCAGAGCAUGCUCCGGAUCGGCCAGCCGGUCUCGUGUAUCGUCGUCAGUAUCAUUGUCACCCAACUGCUGUGGCUUAUUGAGCUCGUAAUUACCCUGUCGUUUAUCCUCCUUGCGUACGGAAUCCUGCGCGGCACCAUGAACGGCAGUAUGAGCGACAGUAUGAGCGACUCUACCGCCGGUGACGGCAUCUUGUGCUCGAUGUCGGACCAAAAGGGAUAA